AUGGCCGAUUCACCCAACAGCUCCGGAGCACCUGAGUCUCCAAAUCAAUUUGACCCAGCUUCGCCCGGUUACGACCCUGCAUCACCACCUCAGCGGUCAGUUUCGUCGAAUAAUAGUGAUGCUGGAACUCCUUCGCACGUUUCUGCCCCGUCUUCGCCAUUGUCGGCUCAUGCAGAGUGAGU